AUGGAUCCAGGGCUGGCUGCCGUCCAUAUGUCUCUUCAGAACAGACUCCUAACCACCAUGAGGGAUCAUCUUCAAUACCUUGCCUGCUUCUUGGCCUUUUUCUCCACUGGGUUUUUGAUUGCGGCCACCUGGACAGACUGUUGGAUGGUGAAUGCUGAUGAUUCCUUGGAGGUGAGCACAAAAUGCCGAGGCCUCUGGUGGGAGUGUGUCACAAAUGCUUUUGAUGGGAUUCGCACCUGUGAUGAGUACGAUUCCAUAUAUGCAGAACACCCCUUGAAGCUGGUGGCAACCCGAGCAUUGAUGAUUACUGCAGAUAUUCUAGCUGGAUUUGGAUUCAUCAGCCUGCUCCUUGGUCUUGACUGCAUAAAAUUCCUUCCUAAUGAGCCAUACAUUAAAGCACGCAUCUGCUUUGUUGCUGGAACCACAAUGCUAAUAGCAGGUGCCCCAGGAAUCAUUGGCUCUUUGUGGUAUGCUGUUGAUGUUUACGUAGAACGUUCUUCUCUGAUUUUACAUAAUAUAUUUCUUGGCAUCCAAUAUAAAUUUGGUUGGUCCUGUUGGCUUGCAAUGGCUGGGUCUCUGGGUUGUUUUUUAGCUGGAGGUUCUCUCACCUGCUGCUUAUACCUCUUUAAAGAUGCUGGACCUGAGAGAAACUACCCUUAUUCCAUGAGGAAGCUCUAUUCAACUACUGGUGUUCCCAUGGCCAAGUCAUAUGUGGCCCCUCGGACAGAGACUGCCAAAAUGUAUGCUAUAGACACAAGAGUAUAA